UAUGAUGACAAAAUAUCGGAAAAGGUAAAAAAGGAUUGUAUGUUAAUGGAAUAUUUUUCAAUGUUAUAUUUUAAAUGAGUACUCAAAUGUAGUGAUUAUUUAUAAAAAGAUUAAAAAAGAUAAAUUGAUUUAAACGCUCAUGAAUACGCGCACUUCUUACAUAUACAAUCAUUAUGGCGACUGGCAGAUUUAGACAAUGGCGACGAAAAAAAUCAAGGAUUUUCAUGUGGUGAAGUGAUGUCCUGUUACGGAUUGUAUAUUUAGUUACAGGAAAAUACCUAGUUAUCAUUCUAUCUUCUUGCCAGUGUACCAUUUGAUAUAAUACAGACCUUUAAUUGCUUUAAUCGUGGUUGAAUUUUACGUAAACAAGCAAACAGGUGCCCGUUGGAAUUUUGAUUUCUGACAUUUGUGUUGUGAAAUCUGACUUCUUUGAAAAUUUUCGUUAUUUUUUAAGUAAAAUGGGCUUUAAUGCCUUAAAUAUGAUAACAAGGAAACGGACUAGAUAGGAUUCUCUGUUUGAGAACCCGAAAAUCAUUAUACCCAAGGUCAGAUAAAGAAUUUCGACCUUGUUUUGACAGUUCAGUGAUUGAGUUUUCAUCUAGUCAUAGAGAACAGGCUGCUUAGUACUUCAUUAUAUCGUUGUUAACAUAUUAACUCUUAAAAUGGAGAAAUAUGAAAAGAUCUGUCGCAUUGGUGAAGGGUCAUAUGGUGUCGUGUUCAAAUGCAAAAACAGAGAAACAGGCCAGCAUGUAGCUAUUAAAAAAUUUGUGGAAUCUGAAGAGGAUCCUUUAAUUAAAAAGAUUGCUAUGAGGGAAAUAAGAAUGUUAAAGCAAUUGAAACAUCCAAAUUUGGUAAAUUUGAUAGAAGUGUUUCGUCGGAAGAAAAGGUUACAUUUGGUGUUUGAAUAUGUAGAUCAUACAGUGCUAAAUGAACUAGACAGACAUCCUAGAGGUGUUCCAGAACCAAUGGUUAAAAGAAUAAUAUACCAAGUGUUGUUGUCAGUAAAUUUCUGUCAUCAGCAUCAUUGUAUACACAGGGAUGUUAAACCUGAGAAUAUACUUAUAACACGCCAGGGACAAGUAAAACUGUGCGAUUUUGGAUUUGCCAGAAUAUUAACUGGUCCAGGGGAUGAGUAUACAGACUAUGUGGCAACCCGGUGGUACCGUGCCCCAGAGCUUCUUGUAGGAGAUACGCAAUAUGGCCCGCCAGUGGACGUCUGGGCUGUAGGAUGUGUGUUUGCUGAAUUGCUAACAGGGCAAGCAUUAUGGCCUGGAAAAUCAGACGUUGAUCAGCUGUAUUUAAUUAAAAAGACUUUAGGUGAUUUAUUACCACGUCAUGUGCAGAUUUUCUCCGCAAAUUCUUUUUUCAAGGGUAUGAUUAUACCUGAGCCAGAAAGAUUGGAACCAUUAGAAGAACGGUUUGCAAAUUUCUCAGAUUCAGUUUUGACGUUUUUAAAGGAUUGUCUUGCGAUGAAUCCUGAUGACCGGUUGACGUGUGCAGAGUUGUUGGUUCAUCCAUAUAUGGAUCAGAAUAAAGAUAUAUUUGAACAACCACCAAAACGAGAGAAGAGGGUAAAUAAUCGGUCGCGAGCACCACACAACUUUAACCAUCUUCAGCAGAUGUCUUUCUUUCAGCAGCAGUAUAACCAUCAGUUCCCGCAGCUCGGAUUAAAGAACACCUCUACCUCACCAGUGCCGCAGCAUAAAGGGAAUAUAUACUCGAAGAAAACCAACCCAACUAAACCACCAUUCGACCAUCUACCUAACAUCUGACUUUUUGGUCAAGGGGUUCUGCGUCACGAUGGAAACUGAGAAAAUCCACCCUGAUUUGGAAUCCUGGAGGCCAUAUUCAUAAAGACAUUUGGGAGCAAUUGAGCUUUAACUAGUUUGACAUUGUGUUACAUAUUCAAACAAAUAUCAUGCAUAUUUUCUGUGAGUAAUCUUGUUCUUAACAUGCUGAAGCAAUGUAUUUUCAGGUGCUCAGUCAAAACUUGUCUGUGUCAUAUAAGUGAUUGGUACAAAUCAAUCCAGUGAUUUAACAUAGUUGACCUUAAGACACAAUCUUGAAUACCAAUUAAAGUAUUCUAAGAAAAAGUAAGCAUCUAAAAAAAUUCAUGGUUGUCCUUCAUUUCAGUAGCUUGAACACUUAAUAAGGUGCUAUCAUAUGUAAAUAUAUUUUUUAUUUCAUUUUGAUUGAAAAACCAGACACCCCACCUCAAGUUUACUGAUAUGGAGGAUGACUCUGCAAUAUUUUAAGGACAAGAAUAUGGGAGGAAUUUGAGAUAGGUGUGAAAACCUUGUUACCAAGUGCCAAUAGAUCCCUAGUCAUUAUAAGUCAGUGGUUAAUGAUCUUGUGAGUACAUCUGAUCUCAAAUCUGUCCCCAGUCCAAGCUGUAGACAAGUUCAACUUCUUAACUGUUUCCCAUAGCUUUAAUGUUAAAUUAAGUAACUUAGAAUAUUUUUGCAACUUGCAAAGUGUUGAGUAAGAAAAGUUGUUUGUAUUUAACCAGAUACAAAAUAAAUUUAUAUAUGUAAAUGGAAAUUCCAUGACAUCUGUUAUCCUUCAUGAUUUUCAAAUUUAUAAUUAUGUUUACUGAAAAAAACUUAAGAUCUACAUCCAGAAUAUGUGAAGGAAAAACUUAAAUAAGUUGAAGGUUGUCUUGGCUUUAGACAGAAAAUAUGUGUCAAUGUUGAUGCUGGCAUUUAAAAAAUGUUUUGUGCUUAAAGAAAUAAAGUCAUAUAUCACACACUCAUGUGUAAUAUGCUGAUUCUUUAACUAAGAAAUAUUGAAUAUGUAACACAAGUAUAGUAUAUAAACCCCCUUUCCCUUGUUGCACUUGAAAUUUCCUAUGUGUGUGAUAUGUAAACCUUGAUACAGUUAUCACUCAAAAGUAUAUUUGCACCAUGAAUUAUUUGUUAUAAAAUAAUUUUUGAUAAAAAAUGUAGCUUCUGAAUUAUCAUUUUAAGUGCUAUUUGAUGUAUUUAUACCAAAUAAAAAGGUGUUCUGCAAAUUGAAUUGUUACAUGUUUACAAACAAAGAUAUUUAAUGAUUUACAGCUUGAAUUUGAAAAAUUUAUUUCAAUAAGAAAGAAGGAUUUGAUAUAAAAUAGAACAUGUGUUAGUUAAUAUGACACAAAAAUAGUUGUAUCUUUAUAUUUUGUUUUAAAUUUUUCUGUCAGAUGUAAUGUUAUUCAUAUGAAAUGCCAUCUUAAUAUAUUUAUGACAGAUAAAUUUCAUGUGUAUCAAAACUUUUGAAGAAUACUGUAAAAGAAAUUCAAGGUCUAGAAGUGUAUGUAUAAGCAUGGCUUGAAUGAAUGAAUUUUAUAACUUGAUUAAUGAUUUUCGUAGAGUCUUUAGCAAGCAAAAUAAUAUACAUUUAUACUACAUUAGCUGUUUUAGAGGUUAGUGUAGAAUUUUUCUCUUUGAGUUUAUUUAUUAUUUUGUAUCUUUCAUUUAGUAAUGAAACUAGUAGUUAAAAGUAAUUAUUCAAAAUGGCACUGUAGUAAAAGUAAAUCUCAGAAAUUUUUCAUUUGAUUAAUAAAUAUAAUAAAUUUAGUUGAUGAAUAAAUUAUGCUAUACCUUUGAUUUAAUAUGCUUUAAUUGUUAUGUGUUCAUUUUUAGAAUAACAAUAAUACUAGUGGAUUAAAUUAUUGUAUUUUUGUGAAUUAUGUUUUUUGAUUCAAUACUGAUAAAGAUGUGUUAUACAAAAUAGAACGUAAAACUAGUGUUAAUGUUCAGAUAGGUUACCAUCAAUUCAGAUCUUCAGACCAAGGAAUGAAACAGUGAAAUAUAUAGUCAGCCAUUGACAGAUUCAUACAAAAUGAGAAUUUUUUUCGUAUUUAUUUUCUUGUGUGGCACCCUGCUUUUCUCCCCUACCCCUUUUCCCUCCACCAGUCUACAGCACCCUUUCAGCUUGGCAUGAAUAAAUUGUAGUGUGAAAUACUGUAUUAAAGUUGACAUUUUACAUACAGAAAAUAAAUCCAUGGAAAAUGUUUUAAUAAUUACAUAGAUUUGCUGAUGAUAAAAAAAUUAAAGUAAUUGUUUUAUUUUAUUACUACCGAUCAAUAUAAUAGACUCUGCUUUAACUUAAAUUGAUAAGGUUGAAAAAAAUACAUCUGUGUUAAAGGUAAAAUUACAUUUUUGAUAAUGUCAUUUUGGUUAUUUUAAAGAAACCUGCAAUGUAACUCAUGUCAUUAUUUCAUUACCCAACCCUUUCCCUCACAUUAACAUGUUGCACCUUUUAUGUUUGGUUUCCCUACUAACAACAACCUAUUUGCUCCCAAAAUGACUAUGGCCACAUAAAGGAUUUAGGGUUCAAAAGCCAAUGAACUCUCUCAGGAAAUUUAAUCAUUGGUUACUAUGGUAACAUGUGAAAUAAAUUUGCCCAUUUUUUGAAAAAAAAGCCUCAUUUAUUAAUUGAAGAGUUGGUCCCCUCAUAAUGAGGGCGGUGACUAAAAAUAGUAACACUUUCUUGGUGUUUUCUAUUUUAAGAAGAAUGUUGAUUUUUAAGACAUGUUUCAUCAAGAAUUCAUUCCAAUAUUGUAUAAAAUCAUUUCAAGAACUAUUUGUGCUUUGACUUUGUAAAUUGUGUAAAUGAAAUUUGAAUUUUUUAAACAGAUAAUGUAUAUUUUCUCCUUUUUUUUGCAAAAUAUUCAAUUUUACAUGUGUAUCUUGUACAUAUUAUCCAUAAAGCAUCAUGUAAAAGAACUGGGAGAGCUGUUGUCAAUUAACUUCUAUUAUUAAUCAGAAUUUUUCCAAAAGAUAUCUGUUAUCUUUCUAAAUAUCUAUUGAAUUUAACAGAGAUUUUACGUCGAUAUGUGCUAAACUGCUUUUUGUCUGUUAAAAAAUGUGUUAUAUUUAGAUGAAGUCAUGAUUACAAAUGCUAAAAUUUCUUCUUCUCGGUUUUGUUGCAGUAAUAUAUCUUUAUCAGAAUCAUGUUUUGAAAAGUAUAUACAGACUUAAAAAUUGACUUUGUUUUUUUUUUAAUCAAAUUUGUUAUUAAAUAAAAUUCUGUGUACUGGUAUCCUUUGAUACAGGGGAUGAUUAUUUGUUUUGUUUCUUUUCAUUACUCAACAAACCGUAGCUUUUUUUUGAAGUGACUAUCAUGAUAUGUUAAUGGUUAAGGCAGAUUUUUUUUUCUUUUAACUCCGGGUAUAGAUUUAGGUUAACAAUGUAGUAUAUAACCAGUCUUAUUAUUCUUACCUUCAUAGAUUUAUUAUUUUGUUAUGUAAAUAUAUGACCACAUUCAUAUUUACUGGUAAUGAUACAGAGAAUUUUUGUUGUUCAUGUUGUUUUAGCAAGUUCAUUAAACAUGAUCUGAUUGUGUAUAUUUGAAUAAAUGGAAUAUGUUAGUUCUUUUUAAAAAAAUAUUGAGCAUUUGAGCUGAAAUAUAUCAUGCUUGGUGAUAAUUGGAAGGUUAUUUUAUGUGUUGUAUAUGUUCAUUUAAUAUGGAAAAAUUGUCAUUUCUUCCUGUUUGGUAGAAGUGAUAAAGUUAGGAUCAUGUUUGAAGUGUGGCAGUACAGGUUUUAGGAUUUUUUUUUACCUUUAGCAGGUUUUUAUUAUAUGAAGUGGAGUUCAGAAUUGAAAUGGGUGGGGCUGUUUUACACAAAUUUAAUUGAGAAAAUACCAUUUAUUGUCAUAAUGAAGUAUUGGCUAUAUCCACACUCGAGGUUUUACCUGUAUACUUGGUACUACAAUUAAAAUGGUAGAGGAAAGUUUGAUGACAUAUUUUUAAAACAUACUGGGGUUUAUUAUUUUGAUAAUGGGAUUAUUUUUUUCUUCAAAUUAAAGUGCUUUCAGAGAUCAGAUUGUUUUGUAAAUAAAUGAGGAAUGAUAAUAAACAACCUAAUGUUGUUUAUCAGUAUGUUACAAGUAUAAAGUAUACAUGUCUUUUUUCUUUAUUUCUUUCAUGAUUUAAUUGUUGUCUUUGUCAUUGCUUAAUAUUUGAGCCAGUAUGACUUACACAUAUCAUAUUUGAGAUUUGUCAAGCAAAAAGGUACCUAAUGGUAUAAUUUCAUAUAUUUAUUAUACCCCCAAAAACGAAGUUUGGGGGGGUAUAUAGGAGUCACCCGGUGGUCGGUCGGUCGGUCGGUUGGUCGGUCGGGCGGUCGGUCGGUCGGUCGGUCCAGACGUCCGUUGCAUUUUCCUUGUCCGGAGCAUAACUUGAAAACUAAUGGUUGGAAUUCAAUAUAACUACAUACAAUGGUCAAGCACAUUGAGAGGAAGUGCAGUGCACAAGAACCAUAACUCUAUCUUGACUAAUUACAGAGUUAUUGCCCUUUGUUACUUUUCCUUGUCCGGGGCAUAACUUGAAAACUACUGGUUGGAAUUCAAAACAACUUCAUACAAUUGUCAAACACAAUAAGGGGAAGUGCAGUGCACAAGAACCAUAACUCUAUCUAAAGUAAUUACAGAGUUAUUGCCCUUUGUUGCUUUUCCAUUGCUUUUUUUUUUGUCCGUUGCAUUUUCCUUGUCCGGAGCAUAACUUGAAGACUAAUGGUUGGAAUUCAAUAUAACUACAUACAAUGGUCAAGCACAUUGAGAGGAAGUGCAGUGCGUAAGAAACAUAACUCUAUCUUGACUAAUUACAGAGUAUUGCCCUUUGUUACUUAUCCUUGUCCGUGGCAUAACUUGAAAACUACUGGUUGGAAUUCAAAACAACUUCAUACAAUUGUCAAACACAAUAAGGGGAAGUGCAGUGCACAAGAACCAUAACUCUAUCUAAAGUAAUUACAGAGUUAUUGCCCUUUGUUGCUUUUCCAUUGCCUUCUUUUUUUUGUCCGGACCAUAACUUGAAGACUAAUGGUUGGAAUUCAAUAUAACUACAUACAAUGGUCAAGCACAUUGAGAGGAAGUGCAGUGCAUAAAAACCAUAACUCUGUCUAAAGUAAUUACAGAGUUAUUGCCCUUUAUUACUUUUCCAUUGCUUUCUUUUGUCCGGACCAUAACUUGAAGACUAAUUGUUGCAAUUCAUUAUAACUUCAUACAAUGGUCCAGCACAUUGAGAGGAAGUGCAGUGCACAAGAACCAUAACUCCAUUUUGACUUAUUACAGAGUUACUGCCCUUUGUUUCUUUUCCUUGUCCAGAGCAUGACUUUAAAACUACUGUUGGAAUUCAAAACAACUUCAUACAAUGGCCAAGCACAAUAAGGGAAGUGCAGUGCACAAGAACCAUAACUCCAUCUUGACUAAUUACAGAUUUAUUGCCCUUUGUUACUUUUCCAUUGCUUUCUUUUGUCCGGACCAUAACUUGAAGACUUAUUGUUGGAAUUCAUUAUAACUUCAUACAAUGGUCAAGCACAUUGAGAGAAAGUGCAGUGCAUAAGAACCAUAACUCCAUCUUGACUAAUUACAGAGUUACUGCCCUUUGUUACUUUUCCUUGUCCAGAGCAUGACUUGAAAACUACUGGUUGGAAUUCAAAACAACUUCAUACAAUGGUCAAGCACAAUAAGGGGAAGUGCAGUGCACAAGAACCAUAACUCCAUCUUGACUAAUUACAGAGUUAUUGCCCUUUGUUACUUUUCCUUGUCCAGAGCAUAACUUGAAAACUACUGUUUGGAAUUCAUUACAACUUCAUACAGUUGUCAAGGACAUUAAAAGGAAGUGCAGUGCACAAGAGCCAUAACUCCAUUUUGACAAAAUACAGAGUUACUGCCCUUUGAUACUUUUCCUCUUCCGGAGCAUAACUUAAAACGUACUGGUUGGAAACAACUUCAUACAAUGGUCAAGCACAUUAAGAGGAAGUGCAGUGCACAAGAACUAUAACUCUAUCUUCAGUAUUUAUAGAGUUAUUGCCCUUUGUUCUUUUUCUUUGUCUUUCUGGACAUAUUACAGAGUAAUUCAAUUAAACUUCAUCAAUGGCCAACCACAUUGAAAGUAAAUGCAACAUACAUGAACCACAAUUAUCUUUAAUUGCCCACAACCAUAUCUCUAUGUUUCAAUUCUAUUACAAGGUAUUCUGUUACUAGUAACAUCCUCAUUUCCGAAGCAGACUUGUGGGGGUAUUAAUCACAUUUAGUGAUAGUUCUAGUUUUACAUUUUCUUUUAUCAUUAAAAAAAUAGUUUGAAAUAGAUAUGAGAACAGAUGUUGUUUAUGAAUCACCUAUAUGAUUUUAUAUUUGAUAUUGCACCAUUGAGUUUAUAAAUUGACUUUUAGUUGAAUAACUGCCUUGAAUAGUUUCACCAAUAGGUACCUUUUCUCCUGACAAGUGUCCAAAGUUGUUGUCAUUGACUUAAUGUUUUACAAAUUUAUCAUGUAGAAAUCAUUAUAUAGUUUAAACAGGUAAAUAAUUUUGCUAAAUUCUUAGUAGCCUUUAAUAUUACAAGUUAUUCUGCCAGUAGUAGUCUUCUGUAAGCCCUAUUUUUGUAUAAUUAAACACAAUGAUCAUUUCAUGACAUCAUUCAUUGUGAAGAGUUCUUUAUUUUUUGUCAGCAUCAAUGAUAACUUCAGUUUUAGAAUUUUAAUGUUGAAAUUCAUUUAAGGUUCAUCUUAUCUUGAAAGUUAAAAUACUGUAUACAAAAUUAAUGAUAAUGAUAUUUUAAAUGAAUCAAUGUUGAUUAAAUCUUUUCUUUGUUUUAUUCCAAAACCAAUUUUAAUAUAACUUAAAAAUCAGAAAUGAAAUAAAAGCAGAAAAAAACGACACAUUAUGUGCACAUUAUAUACAAAUAAUAUUGCUUGAAAUAUUUUAGAAAGAAUGCCUUUAAACUUUAGUUGCUUCACCUCUCUUUGGUGUAAUAAAUUUUAUUUAGACAGUGCAGUACUUUUUGCAUUUGAUGUUGUUUCGCAAUUAAGUAUAAAAGAAAGACAACCAUGAAAAAAAUCAUGAGCAAUAUUUUUAUUACUUCCCUUUUUUCAAAUUGUGUAUUUAUACAUGAAUGAUGCCAUUUGGAUUUUUGUGCAGUUAUUUCUUUAUAAUAAAAAGCUUAAUUAGUAAAAUGAUUGUAUGUAGAGGUAGGUAUGAUAAUCAUGAAAAAUCAAAGAAAAAAUUUGUUGUUUCUUUGAUAUUGGUUACACAACUUCAACAAAUAUUUACAAAAUAUAAAGAAUUCCUUAAAGUCUUACAGUAUUUUUUAUAUGAAAGUCUUUAAAAUUAAAAGAAAAUGUAUAUUUUUUCAAGUCAUAAAAAGAUAAAUAAGAUUUUUACAUGGUUUCCAUUAUUCUCAUUUUGUUAAAAAUGACAUUACAGCAAUUUAUUUUUAUUCAUAUUUUUUUUUUCAUCUCACAUUCCGUCCACUGGAUUUGUUUUGUCUGUUUUCAGAUUAUUUAUAGAUUCUUAAAAAUAAAGAAAAUAUAUAAAUUUAUAAUGUUUGAAAUUCCAAACCUUUCUGUGAUACAUAUAUUGAAACUUUAGAAAUAUACAAUCAUUUACAUACUGCCAUAUUUAGAAUUGUAUUGUUGUUUUAUUUUGUGAUAUGGAUUAAUUGCAAAUUCUUGAGUAAAAAUAUCUAACUUUUCAUUAGUACACACUAUUUGUUAUUUUUGUUUAAGAUAUACUUUAAAUCCAACUGUAACUAAGUUGUACUUAUUUUACCUUAUGAAUGGUGAAGGUUUUUUUCGUUAAGAACCAAAAAGAUAUCUUUACAGUUAUUGUACACAUAUCAAUAGCUCUUAUAUUAUCCGGUGUCUUCUGAUUGGUUAAUGCACACACUCACUCUUAAUCACCUUUCUUGCAGAGUUAUCACUCUUGAUUAAAUAUUAUUAUAGUGCAAGGGAGACAACUCUGCAUUAAAGCUAGCAUCAUUGUUUUAAAAGGUCUGCAUGUAUAAACAUAUAUGAUAUCAAAAUUCAUUUUUUGCACAUAUUUGUAUGGUUGUAUUAUUAUCAUGCAUUAUUAUAUUGCCAAAGGUAGAAUUUUUGACAUUUGCAUACCAUGGUAAACUCUGUAUAUUGUAACACAUUAUUAAUUCAAAAUGGAAUUUGUUAUUUGUAAUGGUCAAUUAGAAAUAAAUGUUAGUAUAUGGGGA